CAGUGCACCUCCUGAGUUACCUGAAGCACCCAAGCCCAGCGAUGCGCUUGAUGGUUCUCAAAGGGCUCUCCACCGUGUCAGAGAGCCCUGAGAAGGCAAGAAAAAUUCAGGUCGUGCUGCCAGACAUCCUGGAGGCCCUGCAGGACACCAACACAGACGUCGUGCUGAAGGCCCUGCUUGUGCUCAGCAAUGUGAUGGCUCAUGUGGAGAGGAGAGAGGCCAGUCGCACGGCUCUGCAGCUGGCUGAGAAGCUCCUGCCACUCUUUGCCCAUGAGUCCAGCCAGGUGCGCGAGCACUCCAUCUGCCUCUUCCAAGCCGUGACGGAGGCUGUGCUGCGGCACAGGCAGAAGGAAAUGAAGAGGACAGUGCACAGCAGCCUUCUCCCGCUCUACUUUCGGAUGAGAGACCAGAGUGAGAGCGUAGCAAAGGCCUCUGGGGAAGCUCUCGUCGUCGCUGCAAAGUUUCUGCGACUCAAAGAGCUCAAGCACUUGGCCCAGACAGAACAGACGUGGAAGAUCGGGGAGUGCUUGCUGCAGCAGGGCAGAGACAGAGUAGACGAAUACCUGCAGCAGAGCCAGCCCUACCUGCAGGACUCUCAGACCGUCUUGCGACUUGAGGCCGUCAGGUUCAUUGGGCUUGCUGCGCGCUACUCCAAGGACCAGAGCGAGGAGAAGCUGAAUGAAAUCGUCAGCGUCCUCUGGUCUUCAGGGAACGACCCGGAACCCAUGGUCAGAUGCCUGGCAGUUCAGACCAUCAUGAUCCUGGCGUCAAGGCGUAACAGAACGUCAGGACGGAGAUUUCGACUGCUGUGGUGCUGCUAG